GAAAUGUGCAUGGCUGGAUCCACUUCAACUUGUGUAAACUGUGUGUGGUUCAAUCCACAACCCAUUUUUACAGCUAAAAAAUCAAGGCCAACUUUUGAUUAAACGGUCAGCGACUUCAUUCAAACUCGGUGACCAAGAUCACCAACUUCAGCCUUGCAAUACCUGUUCAGGCUGUGUUCAUUGUGGCCAUUGGUGGUUUUUUUUUUGUUGAUUUUGAGUUGUGUUAGGUAUACAUUUCGAUUAAAAGAUGUAUGGUAAUCAAGAGAAGGAAUUGCUGUGGAUUCGACAUGCUGACUCUUCAGGGGCUGGUUGUGAUCCAGGAUCCAGUGCAUUUAAUCAAGUCCUGAAUGGCAACUUCAUUGAAGCACUGAAGUCUGGGGACAUCUGGAGGGUGCUGAGUCUGGAUUCAGAAGAGCUGUGGACCUCCUGGGAUUUAGAGGCUAUUGCUGCUCAUAUAUCAGCUUCGCUUGAUGGCAACAGCAACAAUGCCAGUGACAGUCUGCUGCUAUCCGGCGUGGCUGCCUUGUGUCUGUUUGCCCAGGCCAACUGGACCGGACCCCCUUUGGAGGAGGAAGGUGUGUCUGUCCUCGGGAGCGCCAAGGAUGAGCACAGAACAAGAUGUAUGGCCCAUUUAGCCGUGGAUGCUUGUGACAUCCAUCAGAUGACUCGGUGGCCGCAAGCUCUGGCCAUUGCCAGGGUCGUGUUCGAAGGCUGUCAGCAUCUUCUCAGCUCCUUGCCGUCGUUCCAGCUGUGGCGGGUCCGGUACUGCUUGCUCUACCAGCAGGUCCUGGAGGAGACUUCGCCGCAUCUGUUCAACCUGUUCCUGAAGGAUAUCGAACUGUCUUCAGAAACACAGGCUCUGCUAAAAACAUCCACUCAGUUGACGGUGGAGCACUACCUCACGGUAGCGAACAUGUACAACUACUACCACUACGUCACAGAGGCCGACAAGUACAUCACCAAGGCACAGCACGCGCUCAACAUCAAGCUGGAGAUGGUCGGCAUGCUCGGCCGGCGGACCCACUUCCAGGAAUCACGCGCUCAACUAGCGCUGCGAGUGAGUGACGUGGACUCGCCGAGCCCGACAGCCGCCUCCCCUGGGGAGCAGGGAGAGGACGAACGCCCGGGGGACGGUGAGAAGACCUCAGGCCGGCCGGCGGAGCGGGAGCGGCCGGCGGAGGACCCCUCCGGGCCGCCCGCGUGUCCCCGGCUGCCCACCGAUGUGAAACUGAACGACGACACGCGACUGGAGCGAGUGCAGUAUGACGAGCCGUCAGCCGAGACGGAGGCGUCGCCACUCCGGCAGGCAGUCAUACUGGCCACCUAUUUCCAGAAUCUGCGGGCGCAGGGUCGCAGUGAGAUCCGUGACGAGCAGCUGCUGGUGACAAUCAGCGCGCUCACCCACCAGCCGUUGGUCUGGGCCGUGCAGCUGUCCGCGCUGCUGCAGCGGAGCCGACUGGAGUCGGAGCACCGGCGGACGGUGGAGCGCGCCAUGCUCCAGGUGGAGGCCCUGGGGGAGGAUGUCUCCAGGCCGGAGCCGGCGGUGACGCACAGACUGCAGCUCUUCUUCAGCACACGGGUCCCCACGCACUGGGAGCUGAUGCGUGAGCUGGCCGAGCGCUACAUGGCGAUGGGCGUCACCAAGUCGGCGCUGGACGUGUUCGAGCGGUACCAGCUGUGGGAGGAGGCCAUCCGCUGCUACCACCUGCUCCAGCAGCGACAGCGGGCAGCAGAAGUGGUCCGGGAGCAGAUAGCCGCGCACGGUGAGACGCCCAAGCUGCUCUGUCUACUGGGUGACGCCACAGACGACGUCUCGUGCUAUCAGAGGGCCUGGCAGAUGUCCGGGGAGAAGUACGUGCGCGCCGUCCGCUCCGAGGGAUUCUACUACUACCACAGAAAACAGUACGAGAAGUGCCUGCCGCUGCUCAGUAAGGCGGUGGAGCGCAACUCGCUACAGUUUGACGUGUGGACCCGGCUGGCGUUCGCCGCACUGCAGACGGAGGACUGGAAGACGUGUGCCAACGCCUACCGGCGCUGCUGCUACCUGGAGCCGGACAACUACGAGGCGUGGAACAACAUCGCGCACGCCUACAUCCGCCUGGGCCAGAAGGAGCGCGCGUGGAAGACGCUUCAGGAGGCGCUCCGCUUCAGCUUCGACAACUGGAAGAUCUGGGACAACUUCCUGGUCGUGAGCCUCGACAUCGGCGAGUUCGAGGAGGCGAUCAGCGCGUACGGCCGCCUGGCGGAGAUCCAGGAGCGGCACGUGGACUGCGAGGUGCUCCGGCUGCUGGUGCGGGCUGUACUGAGCGACACGGCUGACCGAAACGGCGUGGGAGCCGGCCGGCUGCUCACCAAACUGACCAAACUGUUUGGACGGCUCACCGCCAAGGUGACCAACAACUCGGAAGUGUGGUCGCUCUACGGUGACCUGACCGGCGCCGCGGCAGCCUCCGAGGAGGCCCGCUUCCGGAGGAUCCAGCACUAUCAGAAGGCACACAGCUGCCUGGCGCAAAAGCCGGGCGCAGAAAAACAGCUCAACCUGGCUAAGCAGAUGCUGGAAAUCGCAGUCAAGCUGUCGGAGGCCGCUCUGACCUGGGUGGAGGCCGCCGCGCCGGGAUCCGACGUGGCCCGCAGUCUGGCCUCGGUGAAACUGUCAAUCCGUGGGACAAUCACCAAGGUUAAGACGGCGCAGACUGACAGCUCCGGUCAGGUGCGGGAGGAGCUGCGGCAGCUGUACGCAGACGCCGAGACGGGUCUCCAGCGCGUGCUGGAUGCCAUCCAGGCCCGCCAGGCCAGCUAGCACCGCGUGAACCAUAGGCGUGGGCUGUGGUGUCGGCGUGGGCGUGCCAGUUCAGGAGGCGUGUGGUGUUGUUGGAUUGUACGCCGUUGUUUGUUGUAUGAAACAAGUGGCAUCGUAUUUUGAUGUUUUUUUAUGAACCGUAUGUUUUCUCAUCAUUGUAUUACAUAAAUGGUGAUCUAUA